GCAUGUACAUAAUCUUGAAUCUUUUCCAUGUCUCUGUAUACAUCUGUUCAUUUCUGUCAUGUUUUGUAGCGUUGAGUCUAUCCUUCCCGCUUCAAGACGACUGACAUGUCAGGGCCAGCUACUACAAGUUCUUGCUCUACCGUUUCGUGUUUCUCAGCUCACGUCGCGACUGCUCUAGAGACGCAUGGCGGACUGGCAACACAAGACUAGAACCACCCGGCCUGAUAACCAAAGAGUGUUUUUCUCUCAGCAAUUUAUGCCAGACCCCGAAUCGAUGACUGCGCACAUGCCAAUAUAUGGCUUCUACCUGGUUCUGUGUGAUAUCUUACUCGCAUUGUGUGAUGCACUUGGCAACCGGUGGAUGCAUUCAUUCACACUGUCCGGAUUUGCUUUGUAACCAAGGCCGAUCUUGACGACUAUAGUUACGAGCGUUCAUGCACAUGUCAGAACUUGGAAGCACGAACCUGGGGCUUAAGGGAAUUGUUCACACUAGGGAUGUACUCAUUCCCAGGGAUACGGAGUAUUUAUGGGAACCUUGCAGUUCCAACUAUCGUUCCCUGCAGCUGGCAUAUAGCUUCGCAGCGCUAGCUAUUAAAUACGUACCUAACCUAUCUCCUCACCCCGUUGGAAAGUGAGAUGUCCAAAUAUGGGCAUGGCGCAAACACAUGACAACAAAUAAACGCUUACGGCGUAGAUGCACAGCGCCAGUCUCAGGCUCGACAACGUCUACUUCGUCCUUCAUUCUGGCGACUCCUGUGCAACAUGGCGGCACGAAAACUACAGACCGAAAUCGACCGGACGCUUAAGAAGGUUUCGGAGGGUGUCGAGCUCUUUGAAAGCAUAUACGACAAGAUGCAAGCUUCAACGAACCAGACGCAGAAGGAAAAGUUAGAAACUGAUCUCAAAACCCAAAUCAAGAAACUCCAGCGACUUCGAGAUCAAAUAAAGACGUGGGUCGCGAGCAAUGACAUCAAGGACAAGAGUGCGCUUCUCGACAACCGCAGACUUAUUGAGACGCAAAUGGAGAAGUUCAAGGCCUGCGAGAAAGAAAUGAAGACGAAGGCGUUCUCGAAAGAGGGUCUAAUACAGUCGGCCAAACUCGAUCCCAAGGCACAGGAGAAGCUUGAAAUCACACACUGGCUACAAUCACAAGUCGAGGAGCUCCAAAUGCAGGUCGAACAAGCCGAGGCAGAGAUCGAGACCCUGCAGGGUGGCGGAAAGAGGAAGAAUCGCGCUGGUGGAGCACAAGCAGAACGUUUGGAGAAUCUUGAGAGACUGAAUGAGCGACGGAAAUGGCAUAUAAGCCGACUUGAACUCAUUCUGCGCCUGUUGGAGAAUGGCUCGAUAUCGGUGGAGAGGAUCAAUGCUUUGAAGGAUGACGUCGCGUAUUUCGUCGAGAGCAAUACGGAAGAGGAAUUUGACGAAGAUGAGGGCAUUUACGAUGAGCUCAACCUGGACGAGGAAGAGGAGAAGUUCGGUCUUGCUGUUGAUGACAACGAUACCGACGAAUCUGAAGAUGCGAGUGAAGAUUUGCCUCCACGAACACCAUCGAAGAAGCUCUAUGACGAGGAAAGCGUAGCAAGUAGUAAACGGGAUGGAAGUCCGGUCCUGAAGAAGUCAACGGGGAUGACAUUGCAGCUACGAAAAACUUCAAUAGCGGAUGCUUCGAAACCCUCACCCAGUCCUAUAUCUAUUUUGAAACCCAAUCCGCCGCCACAACCGCAACCUCGUUCUGCCGCACCUUUACCAAUUAAGUAUGCAGCAGCAGCAGCCGCGGCAGUCAACCCACCCACACCAUCACAGGCUGCCACCUCUCAAACGCCGGCUACGCCGUCAGCGACGACAACAUCAACAAGUACACCAUCGGCGGUACCUACACCACCGUCAAUACCGUCGACAACAACAACUGAACAAACAGCAGCGAUGUCUUCACCGAGUUUAACACACCCAUCUCUGACGAGCCCUCUACUGUCAUCUGCAGCAUCAGCAUCGGUAGCACAAGCGGAUGGUUCGUUAUAUUCCGCGCACGCUUCUCCAGCUCUUUCAGAAGCACCUCCCGCAGGCGGUCAGCCAACUGUAUCACCGCGUGCCGCAAUACGACAUCUUGCCACCGAGUCGCCGUCUGUCUCACAUCCUCCCCCUACGUCAUCUGUGUUUCCCGAAACCCAACCAAGUGCACCGCAACAAGCAGCAAACGGUCUUUCGCAAGCUUCACAAGUAUCAACAUUGCAAGGUGGCUCUCCGACAACACAAGAAACAUCUACUCAGGCAGCAGCGCGUUCAGCUUUGUCUGGCCCGCAGGCUCCUGGCACGUCACCAAUGCCACAACCGCAACAAGCGCUACUGCAGUUCCCUCCUGGUGUGAAGGUUCCUGCGUCGGAGCAAGUGCAUCCAACUGUGAUCGGACAACAACCCCAACCUCAAGGUGCCAGGCCUCCAUCCGCUGCACCGUCUCAGGGUUUGUCUCAGCAGCAACAGAGACCGACAGCUCCGACUGCAUUCCCUGGUUCCUUAUCUGAUCUAGUGAUGUCGUUUGAGAACGUCAAGCAGAAAGCGCCUCAUCGUAUGUCCAAUCUCGGCGAGGUUCAUAAGUUGUUGGAGGGAAGCUAUACGACGAUGCCGCAACCGCAGGAUACGGAGAAACCGAAGUAUUACGUGCCUCGUAAUCCGUUCCAGACCCCAUCGUAUUACCCUCAAACUCCUCAUCCCGUUCUGAACACGCCUGGAAUCUUCUCUCAGCUCGACGUAGAAACCCUCUUCUAUGUGUUCUAUUUCCAUCCAGGCACUUAUCAACAAUACCUUGCUGCUAAAGAGCUGAAGCGACAAUCAUGGCGAUUCCACGUCAAGUAUCUCACCUGGUUCCAGCGUCAUUCUGAGCCCCAAGCAAUUACGGAGGAAUAUGAGCAAGGAGUCUACGUCUACUUUGACUGGGAAGGCUCUUGGUGUCAACGCAAGAAGAGCGACUUCCGCUUCGAAUACCGAUAUCUCUCAGAAGAUUGAGCACUCGGUCCACACCCUCCUUUAGCAUUCUGGGCAUGUUCAUGUUAUAUCGCAUUCGCCCCAUUCGCAUCAUUUGCUUUCACCUUUUAGUCUCGCACUGUAGCAAUCAUUGUUUCUCUACCUUUUCCUGUGCAAUAUGAAGAUAUCUUACAUAUAUCUUACAGUACUUUCGAGGUUGAGC